CAUUUAAAAGAUUCGUCUGGGCAGAAUGGCAAUAACCUUUCCAUCUGCUCCGAGCUCAAAGAUUACUGGACAUCUGAGGCAGACUGGGAUUCACACAGCAGCUUCUCCAGACACUCAGUCUAGACUUCAUCUAAAGCCUUCGCUGGAGUUUGGGGAGGAUCUUUACAAAAUGCCACGGUCAUUUCUUGUCAAGAAAUAUUUUUCCAACAAGAAGCCAAACUACAGUGAACUGGAGAGUCAAUCUGACCAACGCUACGCUGUCUUCCCACAAUGCUUCCCUCUCGAUGACUUCCCCACUAGAGAAGGUGAUUCUGUGGUGCCCACCCACCCCUCCAUGCUCGUGUGGACCACCAGUGCCUUACCCCUUACCUUCACAGCGGUGUCACCCAGCACCCCCUCUCCUCCCGGGCCUCUGGACCUGAGCUCUCAGUCCAGCUCCAGCAGCAGUGGAGAGGAGGACGACUGCCGUACAUCUGACCCUCCCAGCCCGGACCCCGCCGACCGCUUCCAGUGCGCCCACUGUGGCAAGACCUGCAGCAGCCCGGCCGUGCUGUCUCUCCAUCAGCUCACACACUGCACCGCCGGCCCACAGACGCUCACUACUGCCGCAGGAGCCACCAGCACAAGCACCAGAGCGGCCUUCCACUGCAAGCACUGUCCCAAAGAGUACAGCAGUCUGGGUGCGCUCAAGAUGCACAUCCGCUCCCACACGCUCCCCUGUGUGUGCACCACGUGUGGAAAGGCCUUCUCCAGACCCUGGUUACUGCGAGGACACAUCCGUACACACACCGGUGAACGUCCCUUCUCAUGCCCCCACUGUAACCGUGCGUUUGCGGACCGCUCAAACCUGCGCGCUCACCUGCAGACCCACUCCGAAGUGAAGAAGUACCAGUGUGGAGCGUGCUCUCGUACCUUCAGCCGCAUGUCCCUCCUGCACAAACACACACUCUCCAGCUGCUGUCCGUCUGCCUAGAGCCCAUCUCUCCAUGCUGAGCUGGGACGGGUUUCAGCCAUAAGUGAAUGUUUGAGAUAGAGAAUGCUGUUUUUGAAGCACAAAGUGCCUUAUAUUUGCUUCCACAAGCCAAAGGAGAGAUGCUAUCGUUCUUCCAGUGUUAGUCUUACACACAUUCACACACACCUUGUCUACAGUAACAGCCUGUUAAAUGUAGACUGCAGAUUUAUGUCGUGGGAGGGGGGCCACAGACUGGCUCUCGGUGGAUUCCCAGGAUGCACCACGGUGCCGGCUGGUCCGGGACUGUGAGGGGGCAGCUGCUAUGAAGUGUGUGUGGUGAGAGGUCAUCUCUCACCCUGAUCUCCACAGACGUGCAGGGAUGUAUGGGGACAGCUGUUGCAGCGCAGGCCUGUCCACAAAUGCAUUGGCUGUGUCUCUAGACUGAUGGGUUUAAUGAGAAGUUCAAUUAGACUCUGCAAUGUGUCUCUGUAAUCAGAGCUUCGAUGUAUUAUAUCAGCUGGCAUUUCCUGAAUAAGGUGUCAACAACACAAAAAGAAGGUCAUUGGGUUUUAGAUGUUGUUCAUGUACAAAGUUUACUCCAUCUGAACUGAAGGGAAUCCGCAGGAUCAGGAGAAAGGUCUUCCAUGAAGCCUAUUUUUUCCAAAGCCACAAUGAUAAAUGAACCUGUCUGUCUACAUAUUGUUUAUAUGUUGGACGUAUAACACAAACCAAAUGCUAUGCAAUCUUUUUAAGCAAAGAUGUGUUUUAGUGUAUUUCCACUUGCUGUUUUUUUUUUUUCAAUAAAUAAUUAAUAAUUAUAAUGUUCUUUGUUUAACAGAGAAGUGAAUUUGUGUUUAGGAAGGAAUAGGUUAAAGGAAUAGAAAACAUGCUCUAGUAUGAGUAUUUAUGAGUCAAACAGGCUAAUAUUUGGUCGGAUCUUUCUUUCAUAUCAUUCAUGCAUUACAUCUCUCCACGUUUAACGUCAAAGCUUGCAGAAUUUUAAAAGACCGUUGAAAAAAGAAAUGUGAAUUAUUCCUUGAAUGCAUGAACGUACAUCCAAGGGUCUCUGAAUAGAUACGGUGCAAUAAAUAUAAAGCGUCCCUGUCUAGACGCAGUCAGAUAUUUUGAGUGAUGGUCAGAACACCUGCACACACUUUUUCUGCUUAGCCUAACGCUAAUACAACACUAACCCAGUUUAGCUGACACAUGGCCAGCAAAUGUUCGCGUCUGAGACACUGCAGGUGGAAAAAGACCAGAAGGGAGGCAGGAGACUUAGAGGAGCACCAGAGAAAUGGGCCAGUCCGCACCAUUAAGACCAGUGGAUCCAGCUCUUAGCUCCAGAACCUCAAUCUGUCAAACAGAUAGAUACGCCCCCCCGAGGGGACUCUUAAUAAAUGUGGGACAUGCCGACAUUCUGUGCUUCCAGUGCAGCCAGAGUUUUAGGUUUUAGGUUUUGUAACCCUCCUCCGCAGCUCACCCUUUCUCUAGGAAGCUGAAUCCACAAAGCCCUUGUGACCCGCGCUGACGCCAACCAGUCUUGCUAGAGUAACGAUGCACUUCCUCUGCUGAUUUGGAGGCUCAAAGCUGUGGGAUUGUGGUGGGAGAAGCUAGCUGUAGGGGCGAGGGCACGCUUAAAGGGAUAUUCCAGGCUUUCUAUCGAAAGUAUCUGCGGCAAUCUCUAUCUACAACAUCUGUGACCACUAAAAAUGCUGUGCUCCUUAAGUACAGAGCCCAAUACAUGACAUGCUGGAAAAUAAAUAAAUAAAUAAAUAAAUGGGGGCACGAAUUAAGAGUUUAUUUCAACAGUUUAUUCAUUUGUUCUCUCAUUUUCCUUAAAUUGUGGCUUUAUUGUAUUAAUCCAUACUCUGAUUUCGUUCAAUGUUGUUUUCAUUUGUUCUCA